AUGUUGAUGAAAGGGACAGCUGGCGUGUACACUUUGCUGACACCAUGCGCGGUGGACAGUACCUCUCUAAUGCACGGAUGGCGGAACUCCAUGCGCAGGAAUCCCCUGACCGCGUGCGUGAACUUGAAGGGCUGGGGUGCCCUUUUUGACCGAACACAGGAUGGAGGCAUCCUUCAGCGGAACUUCGGUGGACACCAAUAUCCACGUCUUGCACACGUCGGCGACCGAACCGGAUUGGAAAUGAUCCGCGCGCUACAGGACCACGGUAUUCACCAAGGCAUUGAGGUGCACAUGGAGAAUACCGUCGUUUCGCUCCUCAAAACGGGCGAGAGAGUCUCAGGGGCAUUCGGUUACGAACGUGAAAAAGGACGGUUCAAGGUCUUUACCGCGAAAGCGGUCGUUUUGGCAACAGGCGGUGUCGGAAAGGCAUAUGAGAUCACAAGCAAUAGUUGGGAAUACACCGGCGAUGGACAUUCUCUCGCAUACCAUGCCGGGGCAGAACUCAUAGAUAUGGAGUUCGUUCAAUUCCAUCCCACUGGCAUGGUGUGGCCCCCCAGUGUCCGAGGCAUCUUGGUCACAGAGGGAGUGCGUGGCGAAGGCGGCGUCCUCAAAAACGGUGAAGGCAACCGCUUCAUGUUCGAUGACAUCCCGGAACUCUAUCUUCUCACACGCGAUCAUGUGGCACGGUGCAUCGUCCGAGAAGUCCAAGAGGGUCGGGGAAGUCCACACGGUGGUGUAUUCUUGGAUAUAGCGUGGAUUAAGGAGCAUAUCCGUAGAAAACUGCCGAGCAUGUACCAUCAAUUCAAGGAACUCGCCGACAUCGACAUCACACAGGAGCCGAUGGAAGUAGGUCCCACAACGCAUUAUAUCAUGGGCGGUAUUCGGGUCGAUGCUGAUUCACAAAUGACAGCAGUUCCAGGGCUCUUCGCCGCAGGUGAAUGCGCGGCGGGAUUACACGGUGCCAAUAGACUUGGUGGUAAUUCGCUAUCCGAUCUGCUCGUUUUCGGUAAACGCGCCGGAGAAUACGCAGCAAAGUUUGCAGAAGAGAACGAGGCAGUUCCAUUUGAUGAAUCGCAAAUUGAUGCAAUCGCUGUGCACACCCUAAAACCAUUUGAGAACCCGGCAGACGAUGGCAAUGCGGAGAAAAUGGGACCCUACGCCAUUCAAGCACAACUCCAGGAGAAGAUGCAGGAACUGGUGGGUAUCGCUCGAAGUCAGGGAAGUCUCACGCAAGCCUUGGAAGAGAUUCAGAAUCUGCGCCAGCAGUCGGAAAGUGUUCACGCUAUCGGUAAUCGAGAAUAUAACUCCGGAUGGCAUACCGCGCUCGAUCUCGACUGCUUGCUCACGGUCUCCGAAGUGAUCGCACUCGCAGCACUUGAACGCAGGGCAAGCAUCGGUGCGCAUUCACGGGACGAUUAUCCUGAGAAAGAGGAGCCCGGUGCAGGCAAAUAUAACACUAUCGUCAAGAAGACACCCGAUGGCACAAUGGAGAUUCGCCGACAACCGGUUGAUGAACUCCGGGAUGAUCUACAGGAAAUCAUAGACGAAGUGGGAUAG